GGAAGUGGAGCGCAUGCUUUUCCUCUAUUUAAGCGCGCCAACUAGGACCUCCACAACACAGGUCUUGAACAAACUGUCACAUUCACGACUCGGCCGUUUCACGCCUCCGAGCCCACGUUAAAGAUGCCAGAGGAAACGUCCGUCUCGACAAGCUCUGCGAGCGUGGACGAGAAGCCGUGCUCGUCGUCAGCAGCCGCGAUGGACAGUUCUGUUGACGUCAUGGAGGAGGCGAAUAAGCUGAUCGGCACAGGGAACAGACAUUUAGUGAUGGGUGACAUUGUCUCUGCAGUCGCUGCCUUUCAGGAUGCAUGCGGCAUGUUAGCUGCCAGGUAUGGAGAUACUGCAGAUGAGUGUGCUGAGGCUCUUUUCUUGUGUGGGAAAUCCCUGUUGGAGCUUGCCAGGACGGAGAACACGGUCCUUGGAAAUGCCUUGGAGGGAGUACCAGAAGAAUCUGAAGAUGAGGAGCAGCCUAGUAACUCCAAUAUUGAGAGUGCAAACAACCUUGAUGAAAACACUCGCGAUGAGCUCCGAAAACAGGUCUAUGACGCAAUGGCAGAGAAGCCUGAGGAAGUAGAAACGAAGCUGGAAUUGGAGAAUGAGAAAAACACAGCUGAGGUGAAACAGGAAAAUGGCGGGGCAAAAUCUUCAACCGAUCAAGUUUGCAAUGAAACCGGAACGCCGUCCACUUCCGAAGUGACAAAUGUGGUUGAGGAAGCUCAAGUGAAUGGCGUUGAUGAGGAAAGCCCGUGUUUUGUGAACGGUACUACAGAAAGCCUCACAGAGUCUCCUGCAAAAGGAAAUGUUGAGACUGAAGGUGAUGGAGGGCAGAAUGGUGAGAAGACUGAGGAAGACGAUGGUGACUCCAAACCUGAGGAGGAAGCAAUGGGGCAGAAUGGUGAGAAGACUGAGGAAGAUGAUGGCGACUCCAAACCUGAGGAGGAAGCAAUGGGGCAGAAUGGUGAGAAGACUGAGGAAGACGAUGGCGACUUCAAACCUGAGGAAGAAGCAGAGGAUGAUGAAGAUGAUGAUGGUGAUGACGAGGGAGUAGAGGUAAAUGGUGAACAGGAAGAGGACGAAGUUGGAAAUCUGCAAUUGGCUUGGGAAAUGCUGGAGCUGGCAAAGUUCAUCUACUUAAGAAAGGAAAGCAAAGAAGACCAGCUUAUGGCAGCCCAGGCCUUCUUAAAACUUGGAGAAGUCAGUACAGAAACAGGCAACUAUCCUCAGGCUCUUGAUGAUUUCCAGGAGUGUUUAGCGCUGCAGCUUAAGCACCUUCCUCCUCACAGCCGUCUGCUGGCUGAGACCCAUUACCAUGUUGCCACAACACUUGGUUUCAUGGUUAAGUUCAACCUGGCUAUCCAGCACUACAGCAGCUCCAUAAAAGUGAUAGAGACCCGCCUGGCCAUGUUGCAGGAGAUCAUAAAUGCUGCAGAGGGCACAGAAAAUGCUGCAGAAGACAAGACCGAGAUGGAGGAACUGAAGCAGCUUCUGCCGGACAUCAAGGAGAAAAUAGAGGAUGCCAAAGAAAGCCAGAGGACCAUUAGCACAGCCUCCCAGGCCAUCCAGCAGACACUUGGUGGUGCUUCAACAUCAGCAUCGUUCAGUGAAAACUCUGGCCAAUCUUCAGCCUUCGCCACUCCCGCCCAGAUCCAAUUAAAAUCAACUGACAGCUCAUCAUCCUCUAAAGUGGCCUCAGACAUCUCUCACCUCGUCAGAAAAAAGAGGAAACCAGAGGAGGUGAGCCCAGUAAAGGAUGCUGAUGCUAAACAGGCUAAACAGGAAGCCACAGUUAAUGGCAGUGGGGAUUCUAGUGGCAGCAACGGAGUUGAGGAGGAAAAGUCACAGGAGGUUGUCCAGUCUUCAGCGUGUCAAGCCUCUUCUUGAAAGCGCAGCUUGGAUACCUACCACCGUUUGAUGUUUUUGUUGUAAAUAAGAUCCAUUUUCAUAGAUUUGUUUGUUCCAGUUUUGUAUACUUGGAGUAAAUAAAUUUGCAGAUGCAAAUGUC